AUGGGUGACAGUUCGAUUCUCUUCUCCCUAGCUCCGUACCACGUUUUAUCCUAUGGCACCUUUCUUGGGACACAGGUUUUCCACACCUUCAUCAACUCCAUAACCUCCUUCCGAGUCCUGGAACGACCUCAGUUCGGAAUUUUGCAGCGUGCCGUCUUCCCUUGGUAUUUCGGCAUUCAGAGCGCAGGUCCCGUUAUCCUCGCCCUAACAUACCCAGGCCAUAGAAGUGUUCUGGGCGUGCCCUCGGGCCUCGCUGGCGUAUUCCACGCGUCCAACCGCUGGGGCGUUCUGGUACCCCUUGGCACCGCACUGGUGGCGGGCCUGGUUAAUUUGGUGUAUUUACUUCCCGAAACCAACAAGGUCACUGCCAAAAGGCGUGCUCAAGAGAAGGAAGACGGCAAAGCAAGCUUCUCCGGCCCGCCGUACUCAAAAGAAAUGGCUGCGCUGAACAAACAGUUCGGGCAGCUGCACGGCAUCUCAUCUCUACUCAACCUCGCGACACUAGUUGCUAGCGUCAUCUACGGCGUCAAUUUAUCAUCGAGGCUGGUGUAG